AUGUUCUUAGGUCGAUUACAAAUAUGCUACACGCCUGGUGGAUCACUAACGGUAGACGAACAGCUUAUUCCAGCUCGUGGUCGAUGCAAUUUUCGUCAAUAUAUGCCUAGUAAACCGGGGAAAUAUGGACUGAAGAUCUUUUGGUGUUGUGAUUCAGAUACAGCAUAUCCUUUGAAUGCUGAAGUUUAUCUCGGUCGUCAAUCUGGAGCAGCAGCAGCUGCUGCAGCUAAAGAUACAAAUCGAAUUCAUAAUUUAGUGAAACGAUUAGUACAUCCUUGGAUCAAUACAAGACGAACCAUUACUACAAACUACUAUUUUACCAGCGCAGAUUUGGCAGAAGAUCUUCUAGAUGUUCAAACAACUCUUGUAGGAACUAUUCGACGAAACAAAAAGGAAAUUCCACGGGAGCUACAGCCAAAUACACAACUUCUCGAGCAAUCGUCGAUAUUUUGUUUCGAUCGACAGUUAACAUUAGUUAGUUAUGUGCCGAAAAAAUCUCAUGUUGUAAUUCUGCUGUCGUCUCUUCAUCAUGAUCAGACAAUUGUAGACGAUGAAAAGAAAGAGCCAGAAAUUAUUUUAUAUUACAAUGACACAAAAAGUGGUGUCGAUCAUAUGGACCAGAUGGUUCGAACUUAUUCGUGCAAACGAAAGACAAAACGAUGGCCAUUGACUUUCUUUUUCAACACACUUGAUCUUGGUACCCUUGCUGCUUUUGUGGUAUGGACAACCAAAAAGCCUCAAUGGAAUGAAAAGAAAAACUACCGUCGACGUCUAUUUAUAAUGGAAUUCGGUUAUGAUCUUGUUCAGUUGCAUUUGGAUCGACGACGACAUCAACCACAGACACUUCAAAAGAACGUUCUGAUGGCUGUACAAGCGAUUGGACUAACUGUUACUACUUCACACCCAUCUAUUGUUUCAACGGCUACUCCCAAACAACGUUGUCAUUUUUGCCCAAGAGAGUGUGAUUGCAAGGUUAUUACUCACUGUUUAAGUUGUAAUGCUCCCUGCUGUCCAGAUCAUCAUAAAGUUGUUUGCACGAUGUGUAGUGAAACAUUUUUAGGAUGA